AAAUUAAAUCAGUCUUUACCCUUGUUUGAAUAGGGCUACGGAAGUUGAAGAAGCAAGCGAUGAUGACGGAAUUUGUGAGGUAAAAGCACGUUGACCAGUUUGCAAAUCGCUGACAUUGAGGAAGAAGUUCAGCUUCUACAUACUCACAAACAACGUUAACCAAAAAUCUAACUCCAUUCCUAACUACCAUGUUUUUCAAAGCAAACAUGCAAGCAAGAACAGAACAAGAGCAACAAGACCCAGGUGCUAGCCGCCCCCAACUUCUCUUUACCCUGUUGGAACAAGUCAACAAGUUAAUCAAUUUAAUCAAGAACUGGUUCCAGCAACAAAUAAUGGCUCAAGCGCAAUUCAUGGGGUACCAAAAUUUGUUGAAAACAAAAUCACCCCUUGAUCAUGAUCACGAUCAUGUUGUUGAAGCAAAGAAGAUUGGUCAACCCUCACAAUUCCUUUGUGGUAUAUGUUUUGAUCACAAACCAGUGUCUGAUAUGUUCAAACAAGGUAAGUGUAACCACCCUUUUUGCACAAUCUGCAUAUCCAAACACGUGGCUACUCAAAUACACCAAAAUAUUCUCAAGGUCAAUUGUCCUAAUCCAAAUUGUUCUAUGGAAUUAAAGCCUGAAUUUUUGCAUACCAUUUUGCCUAAAGAAGUUAUUGUUAGAUGGGAAACUGCCAGAUGUGAGGCUUUGAUUGUUGGGUCGGAGAAGACUUAUUGCCCCUUUAAAGAUUGUUCUGUUUUGUUGUUGGAUGAUGGAGGAAAAGUUGUGAUCAGUGCUGAGUGCCCUUCUUGUCAUAGGCUGUUUUGUGCACAGUGUAGGGUUCCUUGGCAUGGAGGGUGGAGUUGUAAGGAGUACCAAAGGCUGAAAAAGAGUAGAGAUGAAAAAGAGUUGGAUAAGAAGUUUCUCAAGUUGGCCAAAGGGAAAAUGUGGCAAAAAUGUCCCCAAUGUGCUAUGUUUGUACAAAGACGUGGUGGUUGUGAACACAUGACUUGCAGGUGUGGAUGCAACUUCUGCUACAACUGUGGGGGGAAUUGGAAAUUUGGACAUAUAUGCAAAAAGUCUCGGUCCACAUAAAAUCCGGUACCAAUGGCCAGAAAUAGAAGAUUUUGAAUUUAACAAUUAUAAAUUCUAGGAUACCCCAUUUUAUGUUUCCAUACACUAAAUCAGUCUUCUAUAAAUUGUUUUCAGAUGUGUUGGUUUUUCAUUAUAGACAUGUAAAUUCUUUGUAAUAUCAAAUACUUGUUUCUCCCUUUGACAAAGGCU